GCGGCGGCUGGGGACACCCGGCGUAAGCCAGCGCGGGCCGGGGGCGCGGGCUCCCGGGGGCCGCGUGCGGCGGAGUCGGCUUCGCUUUGGGCACCUGAUGCAGGUGCCGGCCUGAGCCCGGGGUCCCGCUAUGGAGUUCCUGGCAGCCCCGCAGCCCCCCGCAGGGCCCCCAGCCAUGGCCUUGGAGGAGCCCUCGGAGACUCCCGACGCCCCGUGGGACCCCGUGCGGGGAGGCCCCAGCAGCCCCGGGCGCACGGGACCGGCCGGGUCAGCCGUGCUGGACCUGGCGCGGCGACUCGAGGCCCUGCCGGGUGAUCUGGGGGGACUGCCCGCCGGCGAAGCCCCCUGCCCCCUGCUCGUCGCCACGGGCCACGGCCAGGCGGCGCCGGGGACGGCUGACGCGCACGGGCUCCGGUCGGUGGAGGCGGGCCGGGACGACCUGCUGAGCCCCCUGCGCGGCCCCGCGGAGCCCCCCCUGCACCUGCUGCAGCGCCCCGCGGACCCGGCCGGGGAGCCCGCCCCGCCGGAGUGGACGGAGGCCGCGGAGCAGGGCGGCAGCCGGAGCUCGGGCAGCUCCCCGGAGCCCUGGCUGGAGACGGCGCCCCUGGUGCGGCCCGAGGAGCCGCUCGCCCCGUCCUGCGGGCCUCCGCCGCCGGGACCCGAGCCGGGCACGCAGCUUCCUGUCUUCCAGAGCCCGGAGAGCUUGGCGUCGUGCCCCGCCCUCCCCGAGGUGCCCGGGCCCUGCGACCACGAGGACCUGCUGGACGGCGUCCUGUUCGGGGCCAAAUACCUGGGCUCCACGCAGCUGCUGUCCGAGCGGAACCCGCCCCCCAGCACGCGCAUGGCCCAGGCCCAGGAGGCCGUGGACCGCGUCAAGGCCCCCGACGGGGAGACGCAGCCCAUGACCGAGGUGGACCUCUUCGUGUCCACCAAGAGGAUCAAGGUCCUGACGGCCGAAUCGCAGGAGGCCCUGAUGGACCACGCCCUGCAAACCAUCUCCUACAUCGCUGACAUAGGCCACCUGCUGGUGCUCAUGGCACGGCGGCGCCUGGCCCGGAGCGCUGGGCCGCGGGACCGGGAGCGCCCUGUCUACAAGAUGGUGUGCCACGUGUUCCACUUCGGAGGACGUAAGCGGCCGCCGCUGGGGCGGGGGAAGCUUCUAGAAGCCAGCUGUGCCUUCACCCUGCCCCCUGCCCGGUGGGCCAGAGUGGGGGUGGGGAAGGGGGCGCUGGAGUCUGGGCUUGGAAGGGUGCGUAGGAGCCUGCUGACCCAGAUGCCCGCUCACCUCUGCUGGACCCAUCAGCCGGCCCAGCAAGGGCCCGGCCCAGGGCUCCGCAGGGCUCUGAGGACCAGAUGGGAUGGGGGUGGACGCCCCCAGGGACACCUGCUCUGCCCGCAGGCCCAGCUCAUCGCGCAGGCCAUCGGCCAGGCCUUCGCCGUGGCCUACGGCCAGUUCCUGCGGGAACACGGGAUCGACCCCAGCCAGGUGGGCACCCGGCCGAGCACGGGGGCCACCAGCCCCGGCCACCUGCAUAACGGAGACCUGGACCACUUCUCCAACAGCGACAACUGCCGGGAGGUGCGCAUCGAGAAGCGCCCGGGCGAGGGCCUGGGCCUGGCGCUGGUGGAGUCGGGCUGGGGCUCGCUGCUGCCCACGGCCGUGAUCGCCAACCUGCGGCACGGCGGCCCGGCCGAGCGCUGCGGGGCCCUGAACAUCGGCGACCGCCUCACCGCCCUCAACGGCAGCAGCCUCGUGGGGCUGCCGCUGGCCGCGUGCCAGGCCGCCGUCCGCGAGGCGCGGUCGCAGACGUCGGUGACGCUGAGCAUCGUGCACUGCCCGCCCGUCACCACUGCCAUCGUCCGCCGGCCGCACGGCCGCGAGCAGCUGGGCUUCUGCGUGGAAGACGGCGUGAUCUGCAGCCUGCUGCGCGGGGGCAUCGCUGAGCGCGGGGGCGUGCGCGUGGGCCACCGCAUCAUCGAGAUCAACGGGCAGAGCGUGGUGGCCACGCCCCACGCGCGGGUCAUCGAGCUGCUCACGGAGGCCCGGGACGAGGUGCACAUCAAGACGAUGCCGGCGGCCACCUACCGCCUGCUCACCGGCCAGGAGCAGCCCGUGUUCCUGUGACGCCCCCGCCCUCGGCCCUCGCUGUGCCUUAGCCCCGCCCUCCGCGGGGCCCGGGAACCUUCCCGCCCCCACAUUAUUUUCUGAUAUAAAAUAUUAAAAGCCAGAGGCUCGCGUCGGGCCUCC